UUAUUAACAAAAAAAGGAAAAUCAAUUACCAAGUCAUUGCCGUGUUUGACCUCCAAAGCUUUCUUAUUCAGUUACAAUCUAUUCAUACAAGUACUACUAAUAUAUCUAUAGCUCUCUCUAUUACAAUUUUUUUUUUAAUAGUAUUUUUCUGUAAGCUCGUUGUGGUUUGAUCUUAUUUUUUUAUAUUCUGUUCGAGAAAAUCCAAUCCAUUUUUAAUCAAAAAGAAAAUAAAAUUGUUUCCUUUGUUACUGUUCUUGUUGUUGUUGGUUUAGAUGCGAUCGGAGUGGAGAAGCCUUGGUUUGGUGAAUUUCGAUUGAAUUUUGGUUUUGAUUGAUUACAGAAAGUGAGUUUUGGGAGAGCGGAGAAAUGAGAGGAGUGAAUGGAAUAGGAGUAAGCGGUGGCGGCGGUGGUGGCGGUGGAGGUGGAGGCGGAGGCGGAGGAGCUGGGAAUAGUACCCUGGACGUCAUAAACGCGGCGGCUAAUGCGAUCGCCGCCGAGGAGAAUCGCCCGCCGCCAGCUGUGGUUCAGAAGAGAAGAUGGACCAGCUGUUGGAGCCAAUAUUGGUGUUUUGGAUCUCACAAACACACGAAGCGGAUUGGACAUGCCGUACUUGUCCCUGAACCCUCGGCAAGACUGGAUCCUCCUCCUGCUGAAAACCAAGUUCAAGCAGUCUCCAUCGUGCUUCCCUUUGUUGCACCUCCAUCCUCCCCAGCUUCUUUCCUUCAUUCGGAACCUCCCUCUGCAACGCAAUCACCAGCUGGACUAGUUUCCUUUAAUUCUAUAUCUGGAGGCAUGUAUUCGCCUGGUGGUCCUGCAUCAAUGUUUGCUAUUGGCCCCUAUGCCCAUGAGACCCAGUUAGUUACUCCCCCAGCUUUUUCAACCUUCACAACUGAACCAUCUACUGCUCCCUUUACUCCCCCACCGGAGUCUGUCCACAUGACUACACCUUCCUCGCCUGAGGUUCCAUUUGCUAGGCUUCUUGACCCUAUUCACCAAAAUGGUGAAAGCGGGCAGGCAUUUGUUUCGCCUCAGUAUGAAUUUCAAUCAUAUCAUCUGCAACCUGGAAGCCCUCUUAGCCAUUUGAUAUCCCCAAGCUCAGGCAUUUCUGGUUCAGGUACCUCCUCUCCCUUUCCAGAUGGUGAAUUCUUAUAUGGACGUCCCCACUUCCUUGAGUUCAGAAGUAGCAAUCCUCCUAAGCUAUUGAACCUUGAAAAGAUCGCGCCCCAUGAAUGGGGCUCGCGAGGUUCACAGCUAGGAUCUGGUGCUAUUACACCCGAUGCUGUACCACCUAGGUAUUACAAUGGUCUUACCCAGGAUCAGAAGAAAUCUGAUGUUACUGCACUUCCCUACUCACAUAAUCCCUUGAGAAAUGAUGAAACAGCUGUUGAUCACCGGGUUUCUUUUGAGGUAACAGCAGAAGAUAUCAUCAGGUGUGUGGAAAAGAAAUCAAAGGCAGGGUUAUCCCUCCUUGGUAAUGCUGACUGUAAUGUUAGAAAACAGGAUACUCAAACAGAAAUGGCUGGUGGACAUGAAUGCUGUGCUGGUGAAACCUCAAGAAAUGCAUCUGGAAGAGUUUCUACUGAUGGGGAGGGUGUGCAGUGGUAUCAGAAGCAGCGCUCAAUCACCCUUGGCUCUGCAAAAGAAUUUAAUUUUGACAGUGUGGAUGAUGUAAAUUCUGAUAAGCAUAUUGUUGGCCCUGACUGGUGGGCAAAUGAGAAAGUUAUGGGGAAGGAUGGUGGGGCAACUAAAAACUGGUCAUUCUUUCCAGUGAUACAGCCAGAAGUCAGCUAACUUGUUCUGUGCAGCACAAAAGAUUCUUGCCUGGCUCGUUUCCUUGAAGGCCUGACCAAAUGAUUGUUAUAUACACAAGGUUCUGAUUUCAUUGUUACAUCACAGGACUGACCUCACCUCGGUGGCGUUUUUUGCUUACUAACGUUAGGAAAGAGCGAAGGCGAGAUAAUACCUAGAUUAGGAAGGGAUAUUAUGUCUUUAUCUUGUACCAAAAGCAGACUUGUAAAAUCGGCUUAGCAACAUUUAGAUGUUGGAUAUUUCCUUUGUGAUUUGUAAGAUAAGUAGAAGGAGGUAGAACAACCAGCAUUGGCAACGCUUGGGAUGAUGUUGACAAUUGGGGCAGCUUAAAUUUUAAUAUGCUUUUGGGCAAUACUCUGUCUUUUCUUCUGUUUCCUGUUUCUGGGUUCUUGAACACUGGUGCCCUUGAAAUGGCCAUGUUGUAGAGUUAGUGUCCUUGAGAUGGCCAUGUUGGAAAUCCUGAGAUGGAAGAAAGGGGUAAAGAAGCAUAAACCUGAGGAAAUGUAAAAUUUGUAUUCAUCAUAAUUCUGCAAAGUCUAGAUCGGAUCCACACAUACUCUUUGUUUGACUUAAAAAUAGUCUUCAUAAACUCAAUUUUAUUUACUAAAUUUGAAGAUUGAACUUAUUUCUUGAGUAGAAUCCAAAUCGGGCUUCAUUUGUUAAAUCCACACUCGGAAGAACUAUGCUGAAAGAAAUUGGUUUUUUUUUUUUUUUUUUUUUUAUAGUUUAAAGUAAUACAC